GUCUCGUGCGCCUACACAUUAACCAGUGGCGUUCGCGUUGUGGACAGUUGACCAAACAUUUCGUCGAGGGUUAUUUUGCCCCGACGAGAUUUACAGGACAAAACACACUCACACACGCACAAAGGCAGUUUGACAGAGUAACACGAGAAGACAUUAGUCUCUUCAGCACUGCAGCCCGGCCAUCAGCAGCAUGGACUAUUACACGCCCCAGCCGAGUCGUCGGCACAACCCAGUGGACAGCAUCUGCCGUAAACUGCAGACCAUUCAGUGGCGCGGUGACCGGGAGCCCAAUACGCCUUUCCAGAUCCCCAAGCUCUCCUCGAGCAGCUACGACAGCCCCCAGAGCGGCCUCAGGCACAACCUGGAAGCUAUCCUGAAGAAAGGGGCCCUCUACAGAGACGAGGGCGAGAGGGGGAAGGAGAGGGUGAAGGAGAACGAGAACGGGAAGGAGAAGGGGAGAGGAAUGGGCAUGCCGACCUCUGCAGCUUCCCAGAGGAGCAGCGUGGGUGUCUCCGUCCCUCUGUCAAGCCCGUCCACCCCUGCGUGCAACCCACCCACGCCGGCUAACAUCACAUACACAAUCACUAGCACGCUGGGCGAGAAGAGAGGUCCAGACGGGAGUGAUGUACGACAUCGCAAGACGUGGCAGAGGUAUUGUUCAACACCCACGGGCAAGUCCAACGACUCCCCUUACUUUACCUUCACACGGGCACCUCCACCUGUGCAGCCCGAGAGCGAGAGGCCAAGCAGCAGCAGCCCGCCUCUGUCCCGUACCUUCACUCCGGGUCACAGCACCCUCUCCUACAACCUCAACUUCUGCGCUGCGGACUCGACGGAGUGCGAGCUGCCCUACCCUGCCCUGGUGGUAAAAAGACUGUCCAUGGGAGGUGGAGGAACAUCAGUGGGCUCUGAGAACAGGAAGGAGAAUAUGGCAGAAAUCAGCCUCAUCUGUGAGGAGAAUCUGCUCGAUACCAUCUUCCAUGCCUGUGACACCCAUCGUCGAGGGAAAGUGUACGUGUCUCACAUUGUGGACUACCUGCGGCACACCACCAGUCGAAGCUCAGAGGACAGCGGCCUGGAGGAGCUCUGCAACAUGCUGGAUCCAGAACACAAAGACGUCUCCAUCGACCUGGACACCUACCACGCCGUCAUGAGGGAGUGGAUUGACGACCGCCGCAACAGCAGGGAAGAUUUGACCAAUGACGUCACUCAAGACUCGGUCAAACUCAGAGACAGCUUGUGUGCCAAGAGGUCGAUGCUGUUCAAUAUGACCUCAGGAAGCUUGGAGGCCUUCGGAGGGGAGGCAUCCAGAGCAGAAUUUGAAACAUCCGAGCUGGUGUAUUGUGUCGCUGACCUCCAGAUGUGUAACCAAAAGCUCCUGGAGGAGGUGAAGAAGCUGAAGCAGGUGGCGGAGGGCAUGGAAGACAGCAACCAGAAGCUGGCGGAGGAGAACGAGGACCUACGCAGCCAGGCCAGGGUUAACCAGCAACUCACCCAGAAGGAGAAAAUGCUGAAGGACGAGGUGGAGGAGAUGAAGGCUACUCUGAGUUGUACGGAGGAAGGCAGAGCUCGCGCCUCCGCGCACAGCAAACACGUGGAGAGAGAAAACCAGAGUCUUAUUGCCAAGAUUGCUUCCCUUCAGGAGGAGAACUUCAAGGUCACCAUGGAGACGGACGAGCUUCAGAGGAGAAUAGCAGAGCUGUGUGACAUGAACGCUGACCUUCAGGUGCAAAUCCACUCUUUCGAUAGUGUCGUCAGUGAAAAGGAAGCUGUGAUCCAUGGGAAAAGCAGACAGAUAGAUGAGCUGAAGGCAGCAGUGGAGGAAUACUCCUCCAUCACAGAGCUGCUGAGGGCGGACAAGAGCAAGCUUGAGAGCCAGAUGCAGAUGAUGCAUCCAGACCUGGCUGGGGCUGGCCUGACCCUGUCGGUGGCCUACAGGUUGAACCAGAGCACCUCAGGAUCCCUGCAGACAGAGCUGGCCCUGGCACAGUCACCACUGGAGGCUCCCCAUGCAGUCGACCAAUUGUCUGCUACUUUGAGCAUCACCUCUCCACUGGAUGAGACGCUGGACAGGGAGGUGUUUCUGAUGCUGCAGGGACCCAGUCCUGAGCAAAUGGCUGCGGACUUCAGAAGCUUACUAAACAAACUGAAAAUGGAGUUCAGGGAAGAGUCAAACUCUGUCUUAUCUACAGUAAGAGGCUUGCGAGACGAUCACACACAGCCCAGGGGCAACAGAGACACCGGUCUUGAGACGGUGCGGGCCGAGCUGGAUGCGAGGCGGGCAGACUGGGCCCUCAGCCUGGACAAGCUGGCCCAGUACACGGACUCUGUGGAGAAGGAGCUGAUCAAAAUGGCCAGCAACAUGAGGAGGUCCCGUACAGAAAUCCUCCACCUGUCAGUCAGGGUGCAGGAGCAGGAGAACCAGAAGCGGCAGCUGAGUGAGGAGCUGGAACAGCUAAAGACGCCCCAGGACAGCAGAGAGGCCUCGUGCCAGACACCUGCACCAGAGGAAGAGCCUGGAGAUGGAGACCUGGACUGGGACGAAGAGUUCGCCCUCCAAGACUUCCUGAAGAACGAGCUGGCGGAGAGGAACUGCCGGGUGCAAGACGGGCGGACAGACAGCAUGCCAGAGGACACGGUGGAUAAAUUAACCAACCGAGGUGACGAGGAGAACGGGGAGGAGAGGUGGAUGGUGGUAGAUACAGUCGCAGAGGGAGAGGCCAGGGACACGUCCACUCCCCUGUCUGCCCUCCCUGGGGAGGCCCAGCCCGGUCAAGGGGCAGAGGAGGAAAGCCAAGAUACUGCAGCCUGUACCGAGUCUGAGCCAGACGUGAACUGUCAACCUGUGCAGGUGACGACCCACAUGUGCUCACUCAUGGAGGAUGAUUCCAUUUAUGACCUUGUGGAAACCCAGAUGCUUACUUGCACCGAACCACAACUGAUCUGCGGAGGUUACAGAUCAGUGAUGGAAGAGGCAGCAGUGCUAUUGAGCGCCCACUCACAAGCUGUCAACAUUAGACACCCAGAGGCUGAUGCUCUCCCUGAUCCGUCCCACUCGGAGAACAAUGCAGAAGUCUCUGAAACCGCAGAGUCUCCCUCCAAUGGUCCAGCCCCAAAUUUGAGCAACUCGCCUGCACAGCGUCAAAUGGUCACACCUGGUAACACCCCUCCCACAGCGGACGAGAUGGUUUCUCCUGACAGCACGACGCCUGGACCAGAUGAGACCGUUACCACUAAUGGGAGCAUCCAGCCGACCAGCGAGGACGACGGGGGAGCAGAGGAGAAAGAAGGCGAAGUGGACUCGAGCACAGAAGAUAUGAACCGUGUUAAGAGCCUGAGCCAGGACCAACUGGCAGACGGGUCAGCAGCGGAGGACAGCACAUGCCUACUACCUGUGUUGGUGGAAGAGGAGGAGAGUGUGCAGCACAGUACGGCUGAGGCUCCAAAAUUGGCGGUCAGCAUGGAAGGGAACGACCGGCUCAACAGCAGCAACUUAUCCGACAGCAGCCCCCCUCAGUCGGGAUCGCCCUUAACACACGACAGCCAAUCGGGGAGCGGCAUGGGCAGCGCGACCUCUGACCCCAGCCAAUCGGAGGAUAAUGCAGCCAAAAAGGACUGUGGCAAAAAUAAGAGGGAACUGGAGCUGUCGCGCAGCAUGGAGGCCAUCGAGGAGCACAAGGUGCAGGAGGACCAGAGUGAGGCCAGCAUGACCAAUGGGAAGGAAUCCGAGAUCUCUGACACCAGUGAGGCCUUUAAAGAGGACAAGACCAGCCUGUCACCCAGUGACAAGGAGAUUGAGGCAGAGUUCCAGCGUCUGGCGCUGGGCUUCAAGUGCGACAUGUUCACGCUGGAGAAACGACUCCGGCUGGAGGAGAGGUCACGGGACCUGGCCGAGGAGAACGUCCGCAGAGAGGUGUCCAGCUGCCAGGGCUUACUGCAGGCUCUGACUCCUCUGUGCGAGGAUGACAACCAGUCCAUGGAGAUCAUCCUGAGGCUCCAGAAGAACCUUGACAUCCUCAUCCAGUCCAUGACCAGGGUGUCCAGUCGCUCUGAGAUGCUAGGAGCCAUUCACCAGGAGAGUCGUAUUGGUAAGGCGGUGGAGGUGAUGAUCCAGCACGUGGAGAACCUGAGGAGGAUGUACACCAAGGAGCAUGCAGAGCUGCUGGAACUGAGAGAGGCCCUGAUGCAGAACGAGAGGUCGUUUGGAUCACACACUGAAAGAGUAAACAGUGUGCGCAUCUCUCCAGAUGACUUCCGUGGCAAAAAGCAGUCAUCGGGACAGUACUACAAGUCAUCAACCCGGCGGGUCAGCAUAGCAACGAUCCCUCGCACCGGUGGAGGCAACAUGCACUUCGACGUGUCCAAAACACUGGACAGCUCGGAGGCUGAGACGGAGAGACUGACCAGGCGAUCCCCGUGGAAUGUUGCGGGGAAGAACACUGCGCGCCCCCCACUAAAGCGCUAUGUUAGCUCCGCCGCCUGGGUUGACACUGAAGAGCCCUCUCUCAUGAUGAAGGGGACGGCCUGCGACAGCACCGACUACCAGUCGGAGGACGAGCAGAGGGAGGAGCCGGUGGCAGAGAGGAGGAGGUCCAGUCUCAGUGAGCUGGGCAGCAAACUCACCUCCUUCAUUCUGCCCCUCAAGACCCCAAGCCCUUCAUCCAGCACUACGUCUACAGACCCAGCAAUGGCCCAGUCCAUGUCCCAUAGCCUGACGUCUUCCCGGGCAGCCGCAGCGGCAGCUGUAGCCAGAGGUGGCAGGGGGUUCUGGCUUUGGUUGGCCUUAGUGGUGGUUCUGGCAGGUCUCCUGGCACUGCUGGCCAGUCUGGUGAUGCAGCCAGCGGUAGACGCUGCCCCUGUGGGGACUGGAGACUCCUGGAUGACCAUCCAGCAGCUGCUGUGGCCCUAUGCGGGGCUCCGGCACAACGGCCAGCCCCCCGUCUAGACCCAAAGAGCCAGGGGUGGAUGGUGCUAUCGCUCAUUAGCCUUUUGCAGAGAUCGUCUGUGCACCGGUGGGUGGUGAUGGAGAAAGGACAGUGCACCCCUCCUGAGCGGAGGACAUUUGGAUGUUUAUUGGUGCCUGAUGAUUCCUAAAAUAAGACUCUUAGUUUUUUUCUUCUUUUUCCAGCACUGACCAGUCCUCGGGGGGAUAGUUAACCCUAUUGAGGAUUUUAUACAUCACAUCACGUUUGCUUAGAGAGUGUGUGUGUGUGUGUGUGUGUGUGUGUGUGUGUGUGUGUGUGUGUGUGUGUGUGUGUGUGUGUGUGUGUGUGUGUGUGUGUGUGUGUGUGUGUGUGUGUGUGUGUGUGUGUGUGUGUGUGUGUGUGUGUGUGUGUGUGUGUGUGUGUGUGUGUGUGUGUGUUAUAUAAAAGCAGCAGUUGCAGGUGAUGUCCUCUACAGUUGGGGUGGCUCCAAGUCUUUUAACACAUUAUGAUGCAGUUUUACUGUCAGUGCUGCUGGCAACCGUCUACCUGGACCCAACAUGAUGUCAAUUCCAACUUGAUUAGUCACCACAACGCCGACCAAUCAUGUCACAGCCUAAUCAGAACUAUAGCGCUGAUCCACCAAGUCGUACAAAGGGCCACAGUGCAGUUUUCCAUUGACGAACAUCAUGGACGAGGACUUCGAUUGUAAUACGUGGCUUUUGAACACAAUUCAUGCACUUGAGGAUACAGGGGGACUGCCAGCCUUUUUAAACAAAACAUUUCUUUCCUUCAAUUAUUGUCUCUGAAGUCUACAAACACUGGUAAUAAUACUUUGAUUAUAAGUGUUUUUAAGUGUUUUUUUGAUAUCUAUAUUUAUGAGUUUGUUAGUUUUGAGUGGGGAAAUGUGAAUAUCUGUUUAUUCUUGUUAAGUUAUAAUUCUGCAUUUGUAACAGUCAAACACCAAAGUUGUUGUUUUGUUUUUUUCAAAUUUUCCUUCUUGCUGUGGUGGUCACCGUUUUCAACUUCCAACACUUUUGUAUGUUCCAAAGAAGAAUGUGUGAAACUUUGCACAAAUAAAGCAGCCUAUUCUACAAAAAAAA